AUGAAUGGUGAAACUUUUAAAGAUCGUCAGAAAAGAUUACAAUGUGAAUGUCAACAAAAAUGUCAUCAACAAAAAAGAAACAAAAUUGAUAAUAAUAGCAAUUUGGUGCUUGCUUCUGGUAUAGAACAAGAUAUAGCUGUUCUUUUAAUGAAUACCUUAUCACAGAUUCCAAGAGCACAUAUUUAUUCAUGGAGUUCACACAGUUUAGAUCAUUAUAUGCUAGAAAAAGUUACUCUUCCACCUUUUCAAAAUCUACCAACUUCUCUUAAUAACCUUCUGACUGAGACAAAUCCACGAGCUAAUAUUGAUAAUCAGGUUACAGGAACUAGUGGUGUUUAUACUUUUCGCAUUCAUGGAGAAGUAUAUCACAGAAUAGGUGCCUUUUCUUUUAAUCCUGAAAGCCAGCCUCAAUUUGCUCAGAUAUAUAUCUACGAUACAGAUUAUGAAUUACAAAAUAGGAUAAAUAUAAUGCCUGGUCUUGAUUCUACUAUUCUUGCUGAUCUUCAACAAAUGUUACAUGAUAUUAAUCCAUAUGCUAAUGUGUUUCAUCAAGUUGGAUAUUUUUUAAAUUAUGAUCCAUUAUUAGACUUAAAAUUAAUAAUUACAAAUAAUAGAACUAAAGACCCUUGCUGUUAUAAUACUCCAAAUGCAUCUAAAGUUGCUAUUAUUAUGAUAGAAAAUGGACAAGAAGCAAAACCAUUAAACAAAGAUAUUCCUAAUGAUGAAAAUCAAGAAAAUGAGUCAAAUAAAUGUGUUACAAUAAUGAAUUAUCUUUCAUAUAGGCUUCAAAUUGAUGCUCGCUAUGUUUCAGCAUCAGAAGCUUCAUGGAGAAUACUUCACUACAGAUUACAUAAUAAGAAGCCUGACAUUAUGCAAUUAUAUUUUCACCUUCCAGGUCAAUAUAGAGUAUUAUUCAGAGAUGAUGAGUCUUUGGAAGAUAUAGUUCAAUGUUCAGCUGUAGAAAAGACAACUCUUACAGCAUGGUUUCAGGCAAAUACAAUAUAUCUGAAAGCAAGAAACCUUACUUAUGCCAAUUUUCUAUCUCAAUGGACCUAUGAUAUAUGGGCAAAGAAAUGA